GCCCCACCCGGUGGUCCCGGAAGGAGCGGCCGCUGGAGCCCGAGGCCCGGAGCUGGAGGCAGCCUCUGCCUGGAGGGAGGACCUGCCCGCUGGCCUGGAAGUCGUUACAGUUGUCGUCUUCACUUCAUCAGGACUGCUUGAUUUCAGAGGGUGCUCCAGCCUCAGCCGUCCUCAUCUUGGCCUUGACUCAGCACCCCCCUCCACACUCCCACGAAUGAGAAUAAAAGGGGAUAUUUUAUUCAAGGAAACAGGAACAGGUAAAAGUUUACCAAUCUCAUUGGAGACAUAAAGCCUUCUGAACCCUACAAUGUGUUUGCCCUGCAGCAGGCCCCUUAGCUUCCUUGGGCCAGUCUGAAAUGGAAGGAGCAUUUGGGCUUGGACGGAGGGAUGGACGACAGGGCCACAGACCUCGCUGAUGGCGGUGGGGGUCUUCAUGUGCAAGUACGGCCAAUGGCCUCAGGAGAUGAGGCCGCCCUCCGGGAGCUCUUGGCGGUGGUGGCGGCAGAGCUGGGCUCAGCCCUCGGAGCCCGGAUGCUGCGGCGGCCAUGGUUCCUACUGCUACUAGCAUGUGGCUUUGCAUUCCUGGCAGCCUCCUCCCACUCCCUGUUGCUUCCCUUGCUGGUCCUGGCGCUGCUCCUGGCUGUUGGCCGCCCCGCAUUGGCCCAUGUUUGGGCUCUCUAUGCCCACCAAGACAUGAGUCUUGGUCUGGGGGCUCCAGGGGCCACAGACUUUCGAUUCUGGGUGGCUGAGGACACGGAUGGCAGCGUGGUGGGUAUGGUGGGUUUGUCAGGGUUUGGGAAAAGUGGAGAUGGGGAGUUGGAGCUGAGGUCUCUGGCUGUGGGCCAAGAGCAUCGGGGUCAUGGGGUGGGCAGGGCCCUGUGCCAGGCUGUGCUGGCCUUUGCCUGUGGCUACCCUGGCUGCCAGGUCGUGGUGCUGGACACACAUAUGCUCCAUAGUUCUGCCCAGAGGCUCUUCUCCAGCCUUGGCUUCCAUCCAGGCCCUGCAUGCUUGCAGCCCACACUUAGUGGAUUCCUGGCCGACCUCCCUGUCACUCGCUACCACUAUGCCCUGACUGGCAGCAACACAGAAGAGCACAGCCCAAGGGAUGAGGAGUAAACUUCUACUUGUCAGCCAGGGGAUUGAGCCUCCAUCAGCCCAGAGACUGAGCCUCCCACCCACCAUCUGCCAGCCCAGAGAUGCCUCUGUGCUGAGGCUCCUGGCGAUGGGGGGUCCUUAUGGCAGCUCAGCAGCCUGGAGACACGGUUGGUGAGCCUGUAAUGGGCAGGCACUGGAGCUGUGAGGUGGGAGGAUGACUGUGGGGGCUAGAGGUGGUGAUGGGUGAGGAUCAGGCUCAGAUAGGUUUCCCGGGAACAACUUUCAGGGGCCUGAGCUGAGAAACCAUAGGGAGCUGGAGGGGGCAUUCUGCUCCAUCUGGCAUCUGAAAGAGGACACAAAGGAAUUCCAGCUAUCUGCAGGGCAGCUGGGAUGGUCAUCAGGCCAUACGAGGUUUGGCUGAAAGAACCUAAUAGUCAGAGCUGCCCCCAGAUGGGAUGGGCUGCCUGGGGAGAGAAUGGAUUCACCAUUGCUGAGGGGCUUCAGAUGAAGGCUGAAUGAGCACUCGUCAGAGGAGUUAAGGGGGUGGGCGGAUGGGGCAGAAUUCCUGCCCAAGAAGGUGUUGGAUGAGUUGCCCUCUCAGCUUUUUCCUGAUUCUCAGAUUCUGGGGCUAGGGAGGCUGAUCUUGUACCUAGCACAUAGACAUUAAAUAAACACUUGUUGGAUUGGGGUUUGGACAGGGCCAGAAAAUAAAACUAUUCCCCACCCUGCUCAGCUCCGGCUUUCUCUGUGGGAGACUUUUCAGAGGAUCAUUAGAGAUGAAGGAGCGCAUCUGGUGCCUCCCUUCUCUUAGAGAAGUUGGAUCUGGUUGUGCCCACAUCAUUGCCCCUGCCCCAUCUUCCCAUCUAGGCUGCCAAGCGUGGACCUGUAAAGCACCCAGUCUUGGGUCUUCAGUCUCACUGAGUGGAACCUGUUCCCAGGGAUCCUCCUGUAGGGUCGUCCUGGGGACCGUUGCUCAGGGCUUUUACCUUUCCCAGCUAAACUUUUCUGAUCUGUGGGCUCUCACCCACUCCAACCCCGAAGGCUGCCUGGCUCCCUGGGCUUCCUGAGGGGACCUGCUGUGGUGGAAAGAGCGUGAAAUUUGGAGUCGACCCUAAUAAUGGCGAGGGAGCUUUGGACCCUGCCCCCGGGAGGCAUCUCAGAUUCUCGUUGGAUUGAAGAUCGUAACAUUUCACCAGCCGGCUCACCGCUCAGGGCCUCUGUCAGAAUGAGGUCUUGUUAGACCUACCCUGUCCAGAGCCAACUUGGCACACCUUGAGCAAAGUGCUUUGUAAGUCAGUUAGCAAGCAUUUGUCGUAUGCCGGCAACUGUGCUGGGUGCUGGGGGUGCAGACAGAGUGGAACAGAAGCCUCAGUGCCAGAGGAGUGGACAUUCUGCUUGUUGGUGUGUCCUUUAUAAUCACAGGCUGCUGCCAUCUCCUGGUGCCUGAUUCUAACAUUGCCAUCUUUUUUUCCCUUCUCUCUCCUGUCGCUGGCUCCUCCUGACAAUCUAGGCAUUUCCUAUGAUUUAUUUCUUAGAGAAUAGACUCAGGAAUAAUAUAUCAGGGGUAAGUCAUUAGAUGUAAAUCAUAGGUAAACAAAUUUCCCACCCCAGGCUGAGCAGCUCCUAAGUUCUGGUCCAGGGGCUCUUCCCAGCCUUGCAGCACUCCAGAGGUCACCUACUCCCUUCCCUACCUCAGGCAAGAGAGAAUGGGCAAGUCACCUCAUCUCCCAGAAGGCUGCAGGCAUCGGCCAGAUUUGGCCUGAUGGGCUGAGCUCUUUGAUCCAAUCAGAAAUAUUGGGCAUCCUCCUAGCCAGUCAGGGAGUCUUGCCUCCCUGUUCAUCUCUCCUUCCGUGGGAAGCCCUGUCCAUCUCUGGACCUAGCCAUUACAGGCCUGGGAAGGGGGCUGGAGUUCCCGCAGGCCUGUGAGUUCCGGGUCUUGUCCCUGACCCAUGUCCCUGACCCUGCCCAGGCUCCAGUGGCUCUGGGUGGGGCGCACAUUGAAUCGAGCUGGCUCUGGGCCCCUGGGAUGAUCCCGGGAAAAUGUCACAGAGCCAGGUCAGGAGAAGGGACAUGGGAGUACAAACGGGGGAGGGAGUCUGUGAAGUAAGCCUGCCUCUGUUCAUUCCAGUUUAUGUCCUUGUUUGUGCAGCGGUAGUGGUGGUGAUAGUCAUGGGAGGCAGAGUAGGAAGUGAGACCCACAAGCCCACCUGGCAGGCCCUUAGGACCUGAGGCGGAGGGUCCUAAACUGAAAUUUGGCGUGUGUGUUUUGAUAGGACCACUGAAGAGUGACCCUUCUGAGACCUCUAGAAAAGGCUGUUCAGUGCGGAAUCUUUUCCUACUGCAUGAUUCCUGAUUCUGUAAUUUUCUUUUUCCUUGUAAAUAAAUCCUAGAAAAUUU